AUGACUGCUGGUCCUCGCCUUACAGCUCCGGCUUCAAAGCUCAUCCGCUCAAUCAGCACCACAGCUACGGCCUCUGUGCCCAAGUCCAACACAUUACUUACGGGCUCCAAAAAUGCAGCUCCUCUAUCGAGGAAAUAUGCAGACCUUCUUAAGGAGAGGAAUAUAGAUCCGGAUCAUUCCCGUCACCUAUACACACGAUCGUCAAACCGUCCUCACCCUCCACCUCGCACAAUGCGCUUAAUGCAAAGCUUCACCUCGAGUGCUCCUCAGGCUACUCAGGCCGAUGCCACCACGAUGGACCAUAUCUUCUUCCCGGGCUCAGCUGCCCUCCAGGGAUCGUCUAACGACCCAUUCGCCCACCUCCGUGUCCCUUUACUCCCCGACAACUUCGUCACUCACCACACCCCUGAGGCAACAGACGGUCCUAUUGCUCCCGCCCAAAUCAGCAUCGUUGCUGCCAACCCAGAGCUCGUAUCCCCCUCUGCCCUUACCGAGGUAGAAGGCAUGGGCAUCGACGGUGUCGAGCUGAAGUUCGUCCACGAAGAGUCGAAACCGGAGCAGGAGCAGGGCAUGCUUACGAACAUGUGGAAGGGCCUGGUCGACGAUGUGAUGGGUGGUAGGAAUAAAGGCAAUAUUGCCCUUUAA